GCACCAUAUCGUCAUACCCACACGGCCCAUCCCACUCACGAUCCACCUGACCAACAAUGGCUUCAAUUCCUCUAUUCCCGGCCGUCAGGCACUUCCCACUUCUCCAUCCUCUCGUUGACUCGUUUGAGCCGUCAGAAUGUCAAUCGUCGUCGACCAUGUGCGCGCAGCGUACAGAGACAAGCAGACGCACGUCGUGCUCUUCUCGUCCACAGCUAUCGCUCUCUAUGGCUACGAUCAAGGCAUGAUGUCGAUGAUUAACACCAACUAUGACUACCUAUAUCGAAUGGGCAUCGCCGAAUCCUCUCCCGUCGUGGGAAUCAUUGUCGCCGUCUACUACCUCGGCUGUGCAGUGGGCGCCGUCCUCUUUUCGAAGCUCGCUGAUGAGCUGGGACGCAAGCGAGCAAUAUUCCUCUGUCUGGCGACCGCAUCGCUCGGAAACUUCAUAAUGUUUAUUGCGGGCUUGGGCUAUACAAAAGGCGCGUUGGCUAUCAUGUUGACAGGCAGAAUCGUCAUGGGAUUGGGGGUUGGAGGCAUUGACUCCGUGAUCCCCACCUACAGCUCUGAGCUGUCCAAGGAUGAGGCCCGCGGCAAGGCAUUGGCUCAAGAGUUUCAGUCCAAUAUCUUUGGCUUACUCAUGGCCUUCGGGAUCAACCUAGGCGUAACACGUGCACUGUCCAAGAGCAGCCAAUGGGCCUGGAGAAUACCCAUUAUCGUCAUGCAGGUGUAUCCUGUGCUGCUCAUGGCUUUCGUCAGAGCACUCCCAGAAUCUCCGCGGUGGUUCGUAUAUCAUGGCCGCCAAACAGAAGCCCAAGCAGCGUUGAACGACAUUUACGGAAACGAUGGAGACAGAAGACUCGACGAGCUCCUAGAUGCUCACGAAAAGGAAAAGGGAGACGAAGUGGGUUACUUGGAUAUGUUCAAACCCAGUCACCCACAGUUCCAUCCUACCAUGAUCACGAUCAUUGGUCAGAUAAACCAGGCUUUGACGGGAUAUGGGGCCGUCUCUGUUUAUGGGCCUCAGAUUUUCGAGCUUCUAGGGUUCCCUGUACGGACUGCUGAAUACCUUACCCUAGGCAAUUAUUCGUCUUACUUUAUGCUUAUGACUAUAGCAUGGCUCCUUAUCGAUGUACUCGGCCGACGGAAGCUCCUCGUACAUGGUUCUAUUUUGCUCAGUACAUGUUUUCUACUCCUUGCCAUCCUUGGAGGACUCGCGAAGAACUCUUCCAAAAUUGACAUACCCACAUUCGUGCCCGGCCUCCUUGGAACGAUAGUCCUCUUCAUCGCUACCGGCGCUUUUGGCAUUGGCUGGCUCGCCACGGUCUGGCUCAUUCCCACGGAGAUUUAUCCCACCACCGCUCGCGCCCAAGGCACAGCCAUAUCCGUCAUCGUCUGGGGUAUCGCUAAUUUCGCUGUCACUUUUCUCACGCCCCUCAUGUUCAACAACCUGUCAUACUUCAUCUUCCUCGUCUUCGCUGCGUCGAAUGCGGUAGCCGGGCUAUGGACGUGGUUUUACCUUCCCGAGACAGGAGGCCGGUCGUUUGAAGAGAAUCAACAGUUCUUCAGCGAGGCGAAGGAGGCAGGUACCUGGCGCGUGACUAAGGUCUGUGGUGGCGAGUAUACGGUGCUGAAAUAUCCGGAUCCCAACUCGGAGAACCUCGUGGACGCAGAGAGGGUGCCGCUGUUAAGAAGAUUAGAAGAUCAGUUGCCGAGUGUUGAAGAAUAGGGGUAGUCACAUUUGCUUGCGGCUUAGAUUGGAUACACCCAGCUUCGUUCUCAACUUUUUGAGAAGACUUGCUACGUAUCUUUUUGGACUGUGCUAGCAACGUAGUAUCGACUAUACCUACGGCGAGCCGCAAAGAGAGCAACCGAUGUCGUAGCACACUUCGGAUUUCUUUCAAGAAUCUCCUAGUCUCAAUCCAGAAAUCUUUUCCCGCAUCAUAUCUAACAAUACAAUUCAAAUGCGCAACACCGCUCUCCUUUCCCCUCCACUCUCAGCACUCCCCCUUCUUCACCACCUGAGAUCUCCCACUCCCAUCAGU